AUGAAAAUCGCAUUUGAAACCAUCAUUUCCGCUUUGUUGCUGCCAUUGGCCAGUCGUAGCAGAACUAUUCCAAGCGAUUGGCACAUCAUCCACGGAAACCUUGGUCUGAAUUCAACAAACCUUCACCGAGGUGGUGUUGCUGUUGGAUUUCUGCCUGGGUUCCGCGAGCGCAUCGCGCCCAAUGCUGUCAGGGAUAUCAACAACUUGUUACCGGCUCCCAUGGCAAUUGUGGGAGACUAUGUUCACCUAGCAGAGCAUGAUCCAGAUCUAUCCGCGCUUGAUUUGCACUUACCACACAUCCUGAGCGCGCCGGGCAACCCCGUUUGGCAGAUUGCCCUAUUGCCUAGCGAAGGAUUAGACAAAGUCACACCAUAUGUGGCCGAGCGUAUCGCUAUCAAAAUGGCAUCGAUCAACAGACUGGGCAUCACAGUUUGGUUACGAUUUGCUCACGAGAUGAACGGAGACUGGUAUGGAUGGGGUCUUAAGCCUGACUACAUGCUUUGGGCUCCUAACGUCGCUUUCGGCUCAUACAAUGACUCGAUUAGAGGGGGCUACAGUAGGUACUGGCCUGGUGCUGAUACUGUCGAUAUUUCGGGGCUUUCGUUUUAUCAUUUUGGAGGGGAGCGCCGAUUGAACGUUUUGCCGCAGCCUGGAGAGGCUCUUGAGAAGAUCCAAGAGUUUUCUGAACUUUACGGCGCUGGACAAGGCAAACCGGUAGUCCUUGCAGAAACUGGUGCGGCUUACACCACUUCCCUCAGAUCGGGACGUCCAACUGUUGGAGGCGCUUCAAACCAUGAUAUCAAGUUUGCCUGGUUGCAACAGCUACUGUCGGGGGAGCUAAAGUACCACGUUCCGGAGCUCAAAGCAGUUUCUUGGUUUGAACUGAUCAAAGAUGAAAACGCCGGUGUCCAAGGCACCAGCGUCAGAUGCGAAGAUUACCGGUUAUUAGUUGGUGAAAAGCGGCUCAGCCAGGAUGCAGUCCGCUACUUAUCGAGUGGCUACUGA